CGGGCGGUGCACGCGGAGGGGCUCAACUGUCAGUUGUAGCUCGAAGAAGUCCGAGUGGAAGUAAACACACGAGCUCUGAUUUCCAGUCCGGUGAGACGGAGUGCGCGUGACAUAACGAACAUGUCCCAGCAGGCGGCGAACGGGCUCGAGUGCCGGGGGAAGGUGCUGAAUGUGGACAACAUGAACCCCAACGUGAGGCGGGUGGAGUACGCGGUCCGCGGUGCCAUAGUCCAACGGGCUCUGCAGAUAGAGAAGGAGCUGAAAGAGGGAGUCAAGAAACCUUUCACAGAAGUCAUCAAGGCUAACAUAGGCGAUGCCCACGCCAUGGGCCAGAAACCAAUCACAUUUCUCAGACAGGUCUUGGCCCUGUGUGCUUACCCUGACCUUCUGGACGACGACAAGUUCCCGGAGGAUGCCAAGCAGAGAGCCCGACGUAUUCUCAAUGCCUGUGGAGGCCACAGUAUAGGGGCCUACAGUUCUAGCCAGGGCAUUGAAUGCAUUCGUCAGGAUGUGGCGCGCUACAUAGAGAAGAGAGAUGGUGGAAUCUCCUCCGACCCUGACAACAUCUACCUCUCCACCGGAGCCAGUGAUGCUAUUGUGAGCAUGCUGAAGUUGCUGGUGUGUGGGGAGGGUCGUGAUCGUACGGGAGUAAUGAUCUCCAUCCCCCAGUACCCUCUGUACUCAGCGGCCCUGGCCGACCUGGCCGCCGUGCAGAUCAAUUACUACCUGGAUGAGGACAAGUGUUGGAGUCUGGACAUUGCAGAGCUGAAGAGAGCCGUCACCGCAGCCAGGCAGCACUGUAACCCUCGCGCUAUCUGCAUCAUCAACCCUGGGAAUCCCACUGGUCAGGUCCAGAGCAGACAGUGCAUUGAAGAUGUGAUCCGGUUUGCUCAAGAAGAGCAUCUCUUUCUCCUGGCUGAUGAAGUCUACCAGGAUAAUGUGUAUGCAGAGGGCUGUAAGUUCCACUCCUUUAAGAGGGUGUUGUUUGAGAUGGGACCAGAGUACUCUACUACAGUGGAGAUGGCCUCCUUUCACUCUGCCUCCAAAUGCUACAUGGGAGAGUGUGGAUUCCGUGGCGGCUACAUGGAGGUGAUCAACAUGGACCCUGAAGUGAAGGCUCAACUUACCAAGAUGGCGUCGGUGCGUCUGUGCCCCCCUGUUCCCGGACAAGCUCUCCUAGACCUGGUGGUCAACCCCCCACAGCCCGAUGAGCCCUCCUACGACAAGUUCAUGAAGGAGCGGACAGCGGUGUUGGCAGCUUUAGCAGAGAAGGCGGGGCUAACAGAGCAGAUCUUCAACACGGUGCCUGGUAUCACCUGUAACCCUGUGCAGGGGGCCAUGUACACCUUCCCACGCAUCACUCUACCACAGAAGGCCAUCGACAAGGCAAAGGCGGAAGGCCACGUCCCUGACAUGUUUUAUUGUAUGAAGCUGCUGGAGGAGGAGGGGAUCUGCCUGGUGCCAGGGAGUGGCUUUGGCCAGAGAGAAGGAACCUUCCACUUCAGGAUGACCAUCUUGCCUCCCACUGAGAAGCUGAAGUUUGUGCUGCAAAAGAUCAGCGAUUUUCACGUGCGCUUCACACAUGAGUUUUCAUAACCAGCAAGGACUCGUUCAGUGUCUGUACCGUUAAGUGCCUUUUGUAAGAGGCAGACAAGAAGUCUUAAUCUCACAGCUGCAUUCACAUUAUCAGAUUAUUUUCACUGUUUUGCAUCAGCAAAGAACUUUGAACACUUAAGACCACGAGUGAAAAUUAGAGCCUUUGUGUACGUGAAGAUGUCAUCGUAACUAAUGCACAACAGUCCGUUAGAAUACUGAUUGUGUGUCAUGUCUGAAGACCGAUAAUUCAGAAGUCCUUGUUGUAGAUGCUACAGGUGCAUCAUGGUCCUGUCUAGAUUUAUGCCAGGGCAAUAUUUGUCACACGGCCCUUUCCAGAUUUGUAUUACUAAUAUUAAAAUUCUUAAAUUAGAUUUAUAGAAUACUUGUUUACUAUAAUAAACAGCAGCUCUUACAUUUGGAAUAAAUUUGCAAAGCAGUU